GCAACCGAGAUGACGUAAUUGGUCGUAACAUUCAGUUUUUUUGUGCGCGCUGCCAGUGCCAGAGCAGUGCGAUAUAGUUCAGUCAAACCAACACCUGGUACAAACCGUAUUUGUCACAGUGUACGGGACAUAUUUGUAAAUCAAGAAGCAGAAUUUUAAGAUGGCAGCCUCCGAAGAUAUUCAGGUCAAGGAACUUGACAAGCGAGCCUCUGGCCAAGCCUUUGAGGUUAUUCUUGGUGAUCCUACCCCGGACAGUAAGGGUGACUUCCCCUUGGCCCCUCCAAAGAAAAAGGAUGUCUCAUUGGAGGAAAUUCAGAGGAAGCUGGAUGCUGCAGAAGAAAGACGCAAGAACCAUGAAGCUGAGGUUUUGAAGCAUUUAGCAGAAAAACGCGAGCAUGAAAAAGAAGUUCUGCAGAAAGCUAUGGAAGAGAACAACAAUUUCAGCAAGAUGGCUGAGGAGAAACUCAACCAAAAAAUGGAAGCCAACAAAGGGAAACGUACAGCAAUAAUGGCGGCAAUGAAUGAAAAAUUCAAGGAGAAAGAUAAAAAAUUGGAGGAGGUGCGAAAAAAUAAAGAAACCAAUCAAACCAACGCAGACGAAGAAACUUCAGAAGACUGAAAUACAUCAGAAGACUGAAUUACAUAAUGUGAAUGCAAUGUCAUUUUCUAUUCUUUGUCGACUUUUUUUAGCUGUGGUUGUUAAUGUUAACCAGUAUACCCGUGUUCACUUCCCACAUGAAGUAAGAAAAUAUUUGUUUUUAUUUUAUUGGAUAGAUUUUUUAAUUCUUAACCCAGAAACGUUCUUGUGCUUAUUUUGUGUGGCUACCAACCUCAACACCGUUAGUUGUGAAAUGUAUCCGGAUCAUCCCAGAAUUGGAGGAUAUUUUACGUCCCACCCAUCAAAUUUUAAAUAAUCCACAUAUACAAUGCAAAAUAAAGCAAUUUAAGUACCGUACAUGAGUAAAUUUACUUGUGCGGAGACCAAAUAAAUAAAUAAACAUAAAAAAUAUAUACUGUAUAGAAAAGUUUUUAAAACUGUACCAAAUAAGUCUGGAGCAACCCCGAGAAUCCUAUUUUUUCUUGUCCCACCUCCCCCAAUGAUCAAAUCAAACAUGAAGUUCAAAUUUCGUUGUUGUUGUUUUUUUUUUAACCCUUAGCACAGUGGCUGGCUCGUCGUGUUAUCAGGCUACGGGGUGCAUGAAAGGGUUAAUAUGAUCUAUUUCUUUGUUGUCUCUUAUCAUUGUGGAACCAAUUUUUUAAAAAAUAAAUGAAUAUUUUAAAUAGUAAUGGUUAUUCAUGGAACAUGUCUCCAAACGUGCACGCAACCCUGUUAGCAUAAACCUUUUAGCAUGGUAGAAGAAGAGGAAAGCAGUGAAUCACAUGAUAUACUCGCACUCAUGCAACUCUGUUAUGCAUAUGAUCAGAAUCUCAAAU